AAAUCUCUGCUUCUUUCCUUUUGUAGGUUUUCUCCAAAAUCUUCAGCCACGAGGCACUGGAGAGCUAUCUCCCCAAGAUCCAGCUGGUGAUCAAAGACACCCUUCGGGCCUGGAGUAGCAACCCUGAGUCCAUCAACGUCUACCACGAGACCCAGAAGCUCACCUUCCGCAUGGCCAUCCGUGUCCUGCUGGGCUUCCGCAUCCCUGAUGAGGAGCUCAACCGUCUCUUCGAGGUCUACCAGCAGUUCGUGGAGAAUGUCUUCUCCUUGCCUGUGGAUCUGCCCUUCAGUGGCUACAGGAGGGGCAUCCGAGCACGUGAGACGCUGCAGAAGGGGCUGGAGAAAGCCAUCCAGGAGAAACUGCAAAACACACAGGGCAAGGACUAUGCCGAUGCAUUGGACAUCCUGAUAGAGAGCGGCAAAGAGCACGGCAAGGAGCUCACCAUGCAGGAGCUGAAGGAUGGCACCUUGGAGCUCAUCUUUGCUGCCUACGCCACCACAGCCAGCGCCAGCACCUCUCUGAUCAUGCAACUCCUCAAACACCCUCGUGUCCUGGAGAAGAUGCGGGAGGAGCUGCGCAGCAAGGGCAUCCUCCACAACGGCUGCAUCUGCGAGGGCUCCCUCCGCCUCGAGAACAUCAGCAGCCUCCACUACCUGGACUGCGUCAUCAAGGAGGUCCUUCGCCUCUUCACUCCCAUCUCCGGGGGGUACCGGACGGUGCUGCAAACCUUCGAGCUGGACGGUUUCCAGAUCCCCAAAGGCUGGAGUGUCAUGUACAGCAUCCGGGACACCCAUGACACCGCCCCCGUCUUCAAGGACGUGGAUGUCUUUGACCCCGACCGCUUUGGGCAGGGUCGAAGUGAAGACAAGGAUGGCAGGUUCCACUACCUCCCCUUUGGAGGAGGCGUACGGACCUGUCUGGGCAAGCACCUGGCCAAGCUCUUCCUCAAGGCGUUGGCCAUCGAGUUGGCUAGCACCAGCCGCUUCGAGCUUGCUACCAGGACUUUCCCCAAAAUCACCUUAGUGCCCGUGGUCCACCCGAUCGACGGACUCAAGGUCAAAUUUUUUGGACUGGAUUCCAACCAGAACGAGAUCCUGACGGGGACAGAUGCCAUGCUGGGGGCGACGGUGUAAAGCCCACAC